AUGAAAAAGCAGAUCGAGUAUCUACUGGACAGACAACUGAUUCGCCCAUCCACCUCUCCCUACGGUGCACCAGUUCUCUUCACUCCAAAACCAGACGGCAGUCUACGGAUGUGCAUCAACUAUCGCGCACGGAAUAAACAGACAGUCAAGAACAAAUACCCCAUACCGCGCAUAGACGACCUUCUAGACCAACUGCGAGGUGCAACGAUGUUUUUGAAGCUGGACCUACGGUCGGGUUACUGGCAGAUCAAGAUGGCGGACAACUCGAUCCACAAAACGGCGUUCCGUACGAGAUACGGCUAUGAAUACUUAGUGAUCACGUUCGGACACUGCAACGCAACAGUGACGUUCCAGGCGGAGUUAAACCAUAUCCUACGGCCCCUGCUGGACGAGUGCGUAGUGGUGUACCUGGACGACAUACUCAUCUACUCCAAGAACAUGAAGGAGCACGUGGAGCAUCUGCGGAAGGUGUUCGAGAUCCUGCGGAAAAAUAAGUUCUACGUGAAGCUGUCAAAAAGCGACUUCGCCCUGAAGAAGGUGCAGUUUCUCUGGCACAUGGUGAGUGCGGAGGGCGUACACGUGGACCCGCGGAAGAUCGAAGCCGUUAAAAAGUGGAAAGUUCCGGAGAACGUGAAGGAGUUGCAGCAGUUCCUAGGCUUUGCCAACUACUACAACAGGUUCGUGCCGCAGUACGCUAAGAUAGCAGCGCCACUGACCGACCUACUGAAAAAGGAUACACCCUUCAAAUGGGAUACUCCUCACCAGCAAGCCAUGGAGCAGCUACAGACAGCACUGACUACAGCGCCAGUACUCAUCCUACCGGACCCAGACAAGGACUACGUAGUUGAAGCAGACGCUAGUGACCAGGCAGUCGGAGCAGUACUGAUGCAGGACCACGGACACGGUUUACAGCCUAUCGCCUAUCUCAGUAAGAAGCUACACGGAGCAGAACUGAACUACCCCAUUCACGACAAGGAAGCCUUAGCCAUAGUCGUAGCCUUUUAA